AUGUCCUUCGACGAGGCGGUGAGGCCCCGUCAACGCACCCGCUACAAAGGCGAAGACACCAGCCCGACGACGCCGCGAGAGCUCAACGGCUGGUACUCCUACGCCAUAGCCGCGGAAGUCUUCGCCGUCGUCGGAGUAGGACUAUUCCUUCCCGUAGUUCUCGAACAGCUUUCCAGGGAAAACGGCGUCUUCUUCUCGGACAGAUCGAAGCCAUGCGUCACUCCGCCCGGAUCCGCAGAUUCCGGCAGGUUGCGGGUGAGAGCGGGCGAUGGCCGCGAAGAGCAGUGCAUUGUUAAGUUUUUGGGCGCUGAGAUCACGACGGCGUCGUUUGCUAUGUAUACGUCGUCUGCGGCGGUGUUGGUGCAGGCUGUUACGCUCGUGUGUUUCAGCUCGUUUGCGGAUCAUGGACCGUAUCGCAAGAAGAUGCUCUUAGCAUUUGCGUACGCCGGCUCAAUUGUCAGCGCACUUUUUAUCUUCAUCACGCCUGGCGUCUACUUCCUCGCACCAUUCCUCGUCAUCAUCGGCGUAACCUGUCUCGGGUGCUCAUUCACGCUCCUGAAUGCUUUCCUCCCACUACUAGUAUCCAACCACAUCGACAACGCCUCCAGAUCCGAAGACCGCAGCUCCUCAGAUCACGAGCUCGAAGCACUCAACCCCGAAUCCACCUCCACCCGACGCUCCGACCCAGAAAAGCUAACCCGCGACCUCGAGCGCUCCGCAAAAAUCUCCUCAAAGGGCGUCGGACUCGGAUACGCAGCCGCCGUAUUCGUCCAAGUCUUCAGCAUCAUUGUCCUCUUCCUCUUCUCCAAGACCUCCAUCUCAACGAACAACCCCAGCCUCCCGAUCCGCGUAAUCCUCUUCCUAGUCGGCAUAUGGUGGGCCAGCUUCACCAUCCCCACGCUCCUGUGGCUACGACCGCGUCCCGGACCGCCCCUCCCAACGCAAUCUAAAACACCCUUUUCGCGUAGAGGGAACACGUUCCUAUUCUACACCCUCUUCUCGCUGCGAUCCUUCUGGCACACCCUGAAGAAAGCCCUCCGCCUCCGCCAAGUAAUCAUCUUCCUAAUAGCAUGGUUCCUCCUCUCCGACGCCAUCGCCACCAUCUCCGGGACCGCCGUCCUCUUCGCGCGCACAGAGCUGCAAAUGGGCACUAUCGCCGUCGCCCUACUCUCCAUCACCUCGAUCGGCUGCGGCAUGUUCGGCGCGUUUAUCUGGCCGCGCGCCGCAGCAGCGUAUUCCCUAACACCGAAGACCGUGCUGAUCCUCUGCGUCGCUGCCAUGGAGGUCAUACCGCUGUACGGCCUCCUCGGCUACAUCCCCUUCGUCAAAGCACUCGGCUUCGGCGGCCUGCAGAAACCCUGGGAGAUCUACCCGCUCGGCGUCGUCCACGGUCUGGUUAUGGGCGGCAUAUCCUCGUACGCGCGCUCUGUGUACGCGCCGCUCAUCCCUGAGGGCAGCGAGGCAGCGUUCUUUGCGCUGUACGCUGUGACCGAUAAGGGGAGUAGCGCGUUUGGACCCGCGCUUGUGGGGUGGAUCGUCGAUCGUGCCGGCACGAUACGGCCUGCGUUUGCGUUUCUGGCGGUGCUGGUGCUGUUGCCUGGACCGUUGCUUUGGAGAUUGGACGUUGAGAAGGGGAGGGAGGAUGCUGGGCGGAUGGCGGCGAGGGAGAGGGAGUUUGUUGUUGGGGAUGGCGGAGAAGAUGAAGGAAAUGAGGAUUGACCUGUACCUACCACAUUGUCACGAUGGGAUGAAUGAACGAAGUCACUGACACUGAGGAGAAUCAUAGUAAGGAUGUCUAUUGCAAUUCUCGUGCUGAGCGGCCACCUUUCCUGCCCCGGCCUUGUAUGGUACAUGCUAACGUUCCUUUUAGAAAUGAAAAGCCACUCCAACUUUUAACUCGCCUGCUGUUCGAGGCGAAGAAUGAUGAUUACCCACC